AUGUCAUCUCUGCCCAUCACAUUAUGUGAUUUCAAAAAUGCAUUAAAAGAUCUCUCCGACGAACAGUUACUUUCAGUGCUAAGCCAACUACAGUUAUCACUUAAAAAACUACAAGAAACAAAUGAUGAACUUUCGAAGGAAAUAGAAAGUACAACGGAUGCGGGCGACUUGAAACUAUUCGAAGAGACUAUUGAAGAAAACAAAGUGGUAAUUGAAAAUCAGCAAAAACGGCUUACAACUUUAGAGUCAGAGCUCAAAAUACGUGGGUUUCCAAGAGAACUGGAACAGGGAAUGUACUUGUAA